UCCAGGGACCCUCCAGGCAUGGCUCGGCUGCCCGUGUGGAUCUUGCUGCUUGGCCUCUGCCCCUGGCUGGAAGCUUCUGGAAAGAACUCGGCCAUCACCACGGUGAACGGGAUUCUGGGUGAGUCAGUGACUCUUCCGCUGAAGAUCAAAAACCCACAGGAUGUGGAGAACAUUGCUUGGUCUUCCCCAGAUAUGUCUGUUGCUUUUGUACAACCAAGACCCAGCGACGCACCCCAGCUUUCUGUGACUCACCAGGAUUAUUAUGGCCGACUUAACGUCUCAAGGGACAACUACGACCUGGUCAUCAGCCAUCUGAGGGCGGAAGACUCGAGGGUCUACACAGCCAACAUCAACACGGAGCAUGGGGAAAAGACAGAGACACGGCGCUUCAGCCUGCAUGUGUACAGCCGUCUGGGGACAGUCACAAUCACGCGGAGCGUGACACCCACCGAGAACGGCACCUGCAACGUCACCCUGACAUGCCGGGUGGAGGAAAGCGAGAACGUGACCUUCAGCUGGACACCCCCUGGGGCAGGGCCCGUCCUCUACCUCUCCCAGGGCCCUGGGGGCCACAAGGGGGCUGUCACCUGCACUGCAUGGAACCCGGUCAGCCGCAGCAACGCCUCUGUGGACGCUGAGUUGCUGUGUACAGACACAGUGCCGCGGUGUGAGCACUGCCGGUCCUGGGUGUUGGCGGCAACGGGGCCCGUCGCCCUGCUGCUUGUCCUGCUGCUGGUAGGCGUCCUGCUACUCCUGCGACACAAGACACAGCGCCAGCGUCCGCCCCAAGACACCAGCUCAGAGAAAACACUGUACAAACAAGUCACUGUGUCCCAGCCGGCGGACGCUCGGGUCUACGACGACAUUCCCGCAUCUAAGGUGGUGCCCCCCAAGGAGGAGCUAAGGAUUUACUCCCUGGUGCAGUACUCAGAUAAGAUGCGGCCAGGAAGCCCCCCAGAGGGCAGAGCCUCGGGGAUGUCCAACUAUGCCAACGUGGUCUAGGCUGGGGACAGCCGGACAGUCGGAGGGACACAGACACAGAUUCUGCAGGAGCCCAGAGCACGCCUGGUCACUGCGGCCCCUCCGUCGUGCCCCUGCUGUACAGCCUGGCAAGACCCUCCACUGGUGUCCCCAGAGAGUGACGGGGAAGGACACAGACUCCCUCCCAGGUGCUAUACU